AUGGGACCCAGUCUGGUCCUCACACCGGACCUAUGGACAGUUUCCUCCACAUGCCGUCUGGAGCACGUGGCAGCACUCAAUAGGAUUGGGGAAGAGCUGAGGAAUAUGGCUGCCACCAUGGCCACUAAAGCCGACCUCCAGCUCCCCACAUCUACGAUCCAGGAGGCAGUAAGGGUGGCGAGUCUGCGGACCGAGGUCACUGCGCAGGAGGGCCGCAUCCACACAUUGGAUUACUUGGCUGAGGCCCAGUCGGCUCACAUUGCGGCUUCUGGUUUAGCGGUAGCCUGCCAGGGUGGAAUGCCGCUUGCCAUGAGACGCCACGUGGAGGAUCUGGACAAUAGAGGCCAGCGCUGCAACAUUAGGGUAAGAGGGGUACCCGAAGUGGAGGGGGAAGAAAAUGCAGUCUAUUCAGGGUUCUCCUACCUAACACUGCUUGAAUUUGAAAGGCCACGCAUGGAUGAUCACUUACUUAGGGAUCUCAUAUGUUGCAUGCAUUCCUUUCAGAUUAAAGAUACCAUAAUGAAAAGGGCCUGGGAUAGAUCCACAUGGGAGUACCGCAGAACACAAGUGGCCUUGUACAAUGACCUCUCCCCUCUUACCCUUGAAGCGCGGCGGGCACUGAGGCCCAUGACUGCAACCCUGCGGGACCAUAUCAUCCGCUAUAAGUGGGGCUUCCCGUUCACAUUGUUGUCGCAACACCAGCAUGGUUGGGCCUCCUUGCGAUGGCCCGAAGACAUCCCACAGUUUCUAGAAGAGAAACAGCCGUCCACCAAUGUCACUAACUGGGUGCUGGGGCCCUUGGAGCAGAGGCCUCAGCUCCCAGAUGCCGUGGAAGUGCUUCUCCUCCGACCAUACGCCCCAACAGCCUCUGGAUCCAGCUGCCCCCGGGGAGUCUUCAGAGUGGAUUUUACCUGCUUGGAUCCGCCUACGCCUUCUUGA